AUGGCUGCUCGUAGGUGCGCGCACUUACUUCAGCAGAACAUCAAACAGCACAGACUAUGGACUGGGCCGUACCAUCUUGAGGGCUUGCGCGCUUUCUCGUCGUUACCUCCACGAUGCACGGAUGGAGUCUACAAAGAGCUCACCGCUAUGCGCGUACGGAAGCCUUGGAUCGAGGCCUUUCGGGAAAGUCAGAAGCUCGAGAAAGAUAGCACACAGAAAGAACAUCCAAGGCCUGACACCACGCCAAAGAGCAUGAGAGACAGCUAUGUUCGGGUAAUUCUACCAUUAGCCCAGGAUCCAUGGAUGCUAGACACUUAUGCCAACGCAAGUGGACAGCUUCGAACCGGUGCCUUGCUUAUGGAUCUAGAUGCUCUUGCUGGCGUUGUGGCAUACAGACACACUGGCGAAGGUGUUUCGACUGUCACAGCCGCUUUCGACCGCAUUUCGAUCCAGAAUCCAUUGCAUGAGAUUUGCGACCUUGAGCUCAGCGGGCAGGUCACCUUUGCAACUGGCCGUAGCAGUAUGGAGGUCACUUUACAAGUCGCCAAAGCUCCACAACAAGGUCAAAGCGUGGCUUCACAAGACAUUUUUAUGACAUGCCAGAUCACAAUGGUUGCUCUGGACCCGCUAACAAAGAAGCCAGUCAAUAUUGCGCCCCUUAAACUCGAGACACAAGCCGACAGAGCCUUGUUUGCGCAAGGAGAAAAGAACUACCAGAACAAGAAGAAGUUAAAGUCCUUACACAUCACCUCAAAGCCACCUGAUCUUGAAGAGAGUGCAGAGAUUCAUAAAAUGUGGACAGACUCACUGGCAUUCGCUGACAGCAAUAACCCAGCAGUACAACCCGCGAAUGUCAUCUCCAUGGCUAAGUCUACAAUACACUCAACGUCUAUAUCCCAGCCCCAGUACCGCAACAGACAUCAUUUUAUGGUGUUCGGCGGAUACCUACUGAAGCAGACGUUCGAGUUGGCUUUCACAUGCGCCAGUGCCUUCUCCCAUAGUCGCGUACAAUUUGUGAACCUCGAUCCUUCUACAUUUGAAGAGCCUGUACCAGUCGGCAGUGUCCUCUACCUAGCCUCUCGUGUGACAUAUACGGAGGAGGACAAGAAUGGCGGCACAAGGAUACAGGUCAUGGUGACCACACAUGUGCGUACAGUCGAGCAUGCAGAUCGUAGAAGUACUGGCACUUUCUUCUAUACCUUUCAUACCGACGCAGACGUCAAGGUUCUGCCUCAGACAUAUUCAGAGUUCAUGAUGUGGGUUCAGGGUCGACGUCGGGCGAAGAGGCUAGAAGCUGCUUUGGAUGCUGACGGUCGAGAGCAACUGCAAGCAAUUAAUGCUGGUAGUAAUGUCACAGAGUGA